AAAAAAUUAAGACUCAGGAGGCAUAAGUGUCAGGGUAUACAGUAAUUGUUCAAUAAUAUUGUUGAAUAAACGAAUCUCAGUGCCUCCUCCUUAACACCACGUGAAUUAUCAAGGCACAUAAACCUCACACCCUGUGUGCCGAGGACAUUAGUUCCCGGCCCUUUUUUGGAAGGGCAGUUUCUCCAGAGUAGGUUUGGUGGCCGGAGGGACUUUUCCCUUCCUGCGAGCCGCGCGCCCCCUGCUGCCCGCGGCCGGAACCCGCGGCCAUCGCCACACCCCCCUGUUUGUGUCGGCUCACGAGGAGUUGCCUGUCCCUUUAAUUGGCACGUACCAAGUCCUUCCAGGUUACAUCUCCUCCCUGAGUCUUAGCCGUUGGGAGUCGUCGGUCAGAGCUCCAACAGGUGGGACGGUGAAGACGGUGCUGUAUUUUGUGGGAGAGUCCCGGGCCGACAGGGAGUGAGGGGUACGCGCGCCGCCGCGCCCUCCCGCCGCGCGCCGUAGUGCAGUCCCAAGAUGGCGGCCACCAUGAAGAAGGCGGAGAAAAUAUCACAGGCAUGCCGCUGAGUGAGAGUGAAAUAACAGAGGGUAGCCCUUUGAAUUUAAUAAAGGCUGCAGAAGAUGUCAAUGUUACUUUUGAAGAUCAACAAAAGAUAAACAAAUUUGCACGGAAUACGAGUAGAAUCACAGAGCUGAAGGAAGAAAUAGAAGUAAAAAAGAAACAACUCCAAAAUUUAGAAGAUGCUUGUGACGACAUCAUGCUUGCAGAUGACGACUGUUUAAUGAUACCUUACCAGAUUGGGGAUGUUUUCAUUAGCCAUUCUCAAGAAGAAACACAAGAAAUGUUAGAAGAAGCAAAGAAAAAUUUGCAAGAAGAAAUUGACGCCUUAGAAUCCAGAGUGGAAUCAAUUCAGCGGGUGUUGGCAGAUUUGAAAGUUCAGUUAUAUGCAAAAUUUGGGAGCAACAUAAACCUUGAAGCUGAUGAAAGUUAAACAUUUUAUAAUACUUUUUUUAAUUUGUUUAAUAAACUUGAAUAUUGUUUAAAUUGAUAAUUUUCCUUCUUCAAAUGACAUGGAAAGGAAAACUUUCUUUUUUAAAAAUUUUCAUUUAUUUAAUGGAAACUUGCCUAUUUUCACAUGUCUUGCUUAUUUAUUUUAUAUUUUUAAAAGAAAACAGUAUUCAUCUAUGUAUUUUGCAUAAUGAUUAUGUCAAGUCUAGGGCCUUUAUGUCAUGUUAUUAAAAUCAGUUAAGCAAUCUUUUAUGUUUCUAUAUUAUCAUUUAGAAUAUUGCAGUUUUCAUAUAUAAGAAUUCAACAGUUGUGUCAUGUUUAUGUCUGGUUUUAAUUGCCAUCUAACGAUGGUGAACAUACUGCAAAAAGGUGUGCAAUCCUACAUCUGUCUGCUUAUUUCACAACGGAAACUUUGUCAUAGACUUAAAAAUAGAUAUGUAUAUAUUUUACUUAAAUAUAUGUUAUAGACUAU